UCUCUCUCUCACACACACACACACACACAAACACACAGACUGUAUGGAGCCUCUCUCCAACCCCAACCAUGGCUCUCUGAUCAGCAGCACCACCACCACAACACUCCUAUCAAAGCAAAUUCACUCAACCCUCUUGGAGUUCCUGAGGCUCUCUUCUCUCCUACUUGUUCUCUCCAUAGAAACCAUCUUCAUCAUACAAAAACAAAAACCCAUGUUUCACACGCUCUUACUCUCUUGUUUCCUUCUCUUCUACUUCUUGCAAUCUUACCUCUCAAAACACCCACCUGUUUACCUCGUGGACUUCUCAUGUUUCAAGCCACCAAACUUCUGCAGAGUCCCAUUCUCAACCUUCAUAGAACAUGCUCGCAUGUUCGAUUUCUUGGAUGAAGAAAGCGUAAACUUCAUCGCCAAAGUCCUCACUUCCUCGGGACAAAGCGAAGAGACCUAUCUCCCUCCAGCUUUACACUACAUCCCACCAAGAUCACACCACCAAGAAGCCAUCCAAGAAUCCCACAUGGUCCUCUUCCCUGUCUUCGAAGAUCUAUUAUCAAAAACCAACAUCUCGCCUCGCGACAUCGACAUCCUCAUUGUUAAUUGCAGUGGCUUUUGCCCUAUCCCUUCACUUUCUUCCAUGAUUGUUAACAGAUAUUCAAUGAGAGAUGACAUUAUGAGCUUCAAUCUCACUGGUAUGGGGUGUAGUGCUAGUGCACUUGGCAUUGAUAUGGCUCAAAACAUGCUAAAAACUCAUAAAAAUUCUUAUGCUGUUGUUCUCAGCACUGAGAUCUUAUCCACUGGUUGGUAUUCAGGAAAAGAAAAGCCUAUGCUGGUCCUUAACUGUCUUUUUCGUAUGGGCAGUGCAGCUAUAUUGCUUAGUAACAAAAAAGAAGUGAAAAGAUCAUCAAAGUAUAGGUUGUUUAGGACCCUAAGAACCCAAAGAGCCUUUGAUGACAAGGGUUAUAACUCGGCCAUUCGUGAAGAGGACUCCAAUGGGUUGACUGGUGUAACCCUAAGGAGGGACUUAUUGCUGGUGGCCGGAGAAACUCUCCGGUCCAACAUCGCCAUCCUCGGUUCAACAAUGUUGCCAUUUUUGGAGAUGUUUCGAUAUGGGGUAUCCAUAAUUCGGAAGAAAUUUAUUGACAAGUCUGUGGAGAUUUAUGUGCCAGAUUUUAGGUCGGUGAUACAGCAUUUUUGCUUGCCAGUUUCCGGGAAGCCGGUGAUCAGAGAGAUAGGGAAAGGGUUGAAGCUUGGAGAGAGAGACAUGGAGCCUGCUUUGAUGACACUGCACAGGUUUGGGAACCAGUCUUCUUCUUCACUGUGGUAUGAGUUGGCAUACAUGGAGGCUAAGCGGAGAGUGAAGAAAGGUGACAAGGUGUGGCAGCUCGGGAUGGGGAGUGGGCCCAAGUGCAAUAGUUUGGUUUGGGAGUGUAUUAGGCCCAUUGUUGGGGAGGCCCAGAAUGGCCCAUGGGCGGAUAAUAUUGAUCGUUAAUCAUGCAAAGCCACAAUUAAUGGAAAAGUGAUGGAGGCUGGUUUUCUCUAACGUUUUUGCAUUUAAAGAAGUGUAUAAUCAGUAUUUGGUCCUUUCUGGAUAGCAGAUUGUGUUGAUGUACUUGGCAGAAAAAAGAUUGGGUUGGUAUAAAUUACGUUCGCAUUUAUGGUCUGUGUCAUUUUAAUUUUUUUUUUUUUUUUACUUAUUUUUUAAUCAAGUAACAGUAAUGUCCUUAAUUUUUUUUUUUUUUUAAGGGUAAGGCAACAAGGUGACAAUACUACGAUGUAAUGAACAAUGCUUGUCUUAUGCAGCAUAAGAAGGAAUAUGAGAUGGUUCAAUAAAAUAUCAAUAAGUGUUAAAGUUUUAAAAAAAAAGAAAAUGAUGACUACAGGAAAUAUAAACGGAUCUUUCUGUCUUUUUCUCUCAUGUAUCGAUAUAUAUUACUUCUAUGUUUUGA